GUGUUGACCAAGCGCAUCAUCCCCUGCCUUGACGUGGACGCAGGCCGCGUCGUCAAGGGCAUCAGUUUCGUGGAGCUCAGGGACGCCGGCGACCCGGCAGAACUUGCCGCCGUGUACGAUCAGGAGGGUGGCGAUGAGCUUGUGUUCCUGGACAUCACCGCCAGCUCUGACUCUCGGGAUACCAUGGUAAACGUCGUGCGCCGUGUGUCCGAGGAAGUCUUCAUACCCCUGACCGUUGGCGGCGGAAUCCGCACCGUGGAAGACAUCCGCAGGAUGCUCAAGGCCGGCGCGGACAAGGUCUCCCUUAACACAGCGGCAGUCAACAACCCGCCCCUGGUCAGUGAGGGCGCGGCGCAAUUCGGGAACCAGUGCAUUGUCGUCGCCAUUGAUGCCAAGCGGGUCGAUGCAACCCACUCACGCGCGGACGGCCCGUCUGCGAAUGACCCAGGUCUGGCGCUGGACGUCAGUUCGCGAUGGGAGGUUUACACCCGCGGCGGCCGCACCCCCACCGGCAUUGACGCAGUCAAAUGGGCAGCGCGGGCUGUCGAACUCGGCUCGGGAGAGAUCCUGUUGACCAGCAUGGAUGAGGACGGUCAAAAAAGAGGCUACGACCUGGAAUUGACCAGGGCGGUUUCUCAGGCUACACCGGUCCCGGUCAUCGCCAGCGGUGCCGGCAAUCUGGAUCACCUCUAUGACGCCCUCGAAUCGGGUGAGGCCGACUGCCGUACUCGCGGCGAGUAUCUUCCAUUUUGGUGA